AUGGCAAAAGAAGGAGGAACCAUCGUAUCUGGUGAACAUGGUAUUACCACAAUCUGUGUGCCUAGGAGAGAUAGUUACUUGCAUUCUGUAGGCAUGUGGGUUGGAGAUAAUCCAUUUGAUUUUGUUGUUCCUGUCACGUUGUUCCAAAUCAUUAUCUUCAUUAUAGCUUCCCGAAUAUUGUACAUUGUUCUCAGGCCUCUAAGCACACCCAAAUUCGUCUGCUAUGUUCUGGGUGGCAUUCUGGUAGGACCAUCAAUUUUGGGCAACCAUUUAUUUGAAGUUGUAUAUCCUCCUAUACAAUCUCCAAUUUUAUUCUUGUUGGGAAGGUUAGGUGCUGCAUAUAGUGUGUUCUUCAUCACACUGAAAAUGGACAUAGUCCCAACUAUAAAAGCAGCAAAAAAAUAUUGGAAAUUAGGUUUCAUGCCGUUCUUAAGUUCUUUUCUUGUUAUGUACACCCUAGCACACUAUACCAACUUGGAAUAUAGAGGUAAAUUAAAGCAACCAAGCAUUCCUUGUUGGACUAGUUUUCCCGUUGUCUCAGAUUUCUUGAUGGAACUCAACCUUAUAACUAUGGAAAUAGGUCAGAUCGCUCUGUCUACGGCUAUCGUAUCCGAAAUGUGUCAGUGGAUUGUGUUGAUAACCUACGUGUUAGCAACAAACACACUAAACUUCUCAUUUGCAAACCUAAGUUUCCUUGUGGCCUUCUUGAUGUUCUUGUGCUUUGUUGUAAGACCAAUAAUGAAGGUGAUAAUUAAAAAAACACCGAAGGGGGAACCGGUAAAACAAGGUUAUGUUAUUAUGGUCCUUCUAGGUGUUAUUGGCAUGGCAACAAUUAGUGAUAUCAUUGGAAUAACGUUCAUAAUGGGACCCACACUUUAUGGUUUGUUUAUCCCUAAUGGUCCCCCUUUGGCAACAACAAUAGUGGAGAGGUCUGAAGUUGUUAUAUCGGAACUUAUUAUGCCUUUUUUCUAUUUGACGUUAGGCACAACCACAAAAAUAAGUAGCAUUACUGAUGAAUAUUGGUACCAAAAUUUGAUGGUUGAGUUUGUUGUUUUGUGUGGGGUCAUGACAAAAGUGCUUGUAACUAUGGUCCUUGGCAUGGCGCAUAAUUUAAGAUUAAAACAUGGGUUUAUUCUUGGCCUUAUGAUGAGCAUUGAAGGCAUACUUGACCUAAUCUUAUUUCAUGGAAUGAUGAGAGCACAGAUUUUUGAAGAUUACAUAUUUGUUAUACUCGAGCUUCAUGCUUUGUUGAUAACCGCUAUUUCUGCACCAUUGAUAAAGUUCUUAUACAAACAUCAUCCUCGUUUGUCAAAAGAGCCAAGUGCACAUGAUGCAAGAGUGAGAACAAUCCAAAGAACUUCUUUAACAUCAGAAUUUAGCAUCAUUUCUUGCGUACACAAAGACACAGAUGUUCCUAGCAUGAUUGCGCUUCUAGAAUCCUUUAACACCUACCAAGAGAGUCCUCUGUGUGUCCACGUCAUACACCUUGUUGAGCUCUUGGGAAAAAGUACACCCAUUCUUCUUCCUUUGAAAAAGAAAAACAAGAAGGUCAAAUCAUCCGCCAUUUAUCUUGAAACCAACCACAUCAUGCGAGCAUUUGAGAAUUACUCGCAAAACUCUGCAGGUGCGGUAACCGUGCUUUCCUAUGUCAACAUUGCACCUUACAAGAUCAUGCAUGAGUCUGUUUGUAAUCUUGCUGACCACAACCGGAUAUCUUUGAUUCUCAUCCCUUUCUAUGAAUACAACCAAACCAUUAAUAGCCAUGACGGAACCUUUAUUCGUGACCUUAACACCUCCUUUCAACUAAAUGCAAGAUGCACAAUAGGCAUCCUAGUGGACAGAUAUUCAACAUUGGCUUUGAAUGCAUCGUUAUCAUGUUUUCAUGUGGCUAUCUUCUUCCUUGGUGGGCAAGACGAUAGAGAAGCACUAGCAUUAGAAGAUUCCAUAGGUGUUUUAGAAGCGAUUCGGGGCAUGGAGAUGGAGAUAUAUGACCUUGUCAUUGUCGGAAAGAGGCAUCAAUCUAUGAGUAUUACGGAUGAAGAAAUGAUGGAUUUUAUGGACAACGCGGAUCAAUUAGGAGUUAUUGGCGACAUGUUAGCGUCCACAGAGUUUUAUGGUGGGAAAAUUUCACUCUUGGUGAUGCAAUGUGGAGGGAGGAAGGUUUUGGAAAAGAAAACCUCUACUAAUCGAGGUUUAAAACUUUAA